AACAGACAGGAGAGAGUGCAUUUCGGAGGAUAAUGGUUACUGUUCGUCAAAUGAGAGACACAGAAAUCGUUCUCUCACAGGUUUAAUACGAAUCGGUUUUUACGGCGUUAGAAUUACUGUGUAAGCCUACUUUAUUCUUGUUUUAGUUACCUGGAUUCCCGCGGAGUUUGCAUAAUUUGGAAGUGAUGGAAAACCGAAUGGCCGAGUAGCGCUUGCGAAAUAAACCUGUUGCCAUUUCGACAAUCCUGCCCUCCUGUUUUAAGAUGUUUCAUUGUGGAUGUGAUGCCGUACCUACUUGCCUGUUGGCACUUUUCUAGUUGGAGCACCAGCCUGUACCUUGUGGAAGCUUAGUUUUCAUAACUUCCAGGGAGGAUGCACGUGUCCCUGGCGGAGGCGCUGGAGGUGCGAGGAGGCCCACUGGAGGAGGAGGAGGUGUGGGCCCUGCUCAGCCAGAGCGCCGAGAGCCUCCACGAGCUGCUGCGCAGAGACCCCUCCACGCUGGGCUUCAUCAUCUCGCCCUGGUCCCUGCUGCUCAUGCCUUCCGGAAACAUCUCCUUCACCGACGAGAACGUGACCCAGCAGGACCUCCGGGCCUUCACCGCACCAGAGGUCCUCGAGGGACUCAACCUCUCCUCCGUGUCCGACAUUGAGAAGAUGCACAUGUACUCCCUCGGCAUGACCCUGUUCUGGGGAGCCGACUACGAGAUCCCUCACAGUCAGCCCAUGAAGCUGAGCGAGCGUCUGAACACCCUGCUGCUGAGCAUGUGCGAGGACUCGACGCUGACGCGCAUGUCGGUGCGCACCGCGCUGGACGCCUGCAGCGCACACAUCCGCAGCUCCAGCGCCGAGCCCUCCUUCUCCUACGUCCGCCGCCUGGUGCGCCUGGUGCUGGGCAGCCUCUCCCAGCUGGACGGGCUGCUGUCUCAGGCCGAGAGGGAGUCCUUGCCGGAGCGGAGCAAAGAGAUCCGGGAGCGCUUGCGAGGCAAAGGCCUUCCCGCAGGGAGGAGUGCGGCCCACCGUGUGCUGGAGCGCUACAGGGCCCGUUCCCAGGAGCAGUCGGGGCUGAACCGCGGCCUGAGUCGCUCCAUGAGCUCGCUGCCCGUGCAGGAGCUGCUGCGGCCGGACGACAGCGCCCUCCUCUACCCGCCGUCGGAGUUCCACCCGGGCUCCGAGUCCUCGGCCGAGCUCUACCCGCACCUCCUGGCCCAGGCCCAGACCCACGGGCACGGGGCGCCCCAGCAGCAGCAGCAGGCCCGCGGGCGGCCGUCCGACGCCAGCCGCAAGGCCGUGUCCCACCGGGGCGAGCAGCGGCGCAAGAACUGGGCGUCGGCGGUGGACCUGGCGUGCCUGGACCCCGAGGUGCUGCACUGGGGCGGGCUGGAGGAGGCGCGGAGGGGCAGCAGCGCCCUGAGCACGCGCUCGGCGGGCACCCGCCACCGCUCGGCCUCGCGCUCCAGGGAGGGACGCCACUCGGACUUCGCCGGGCUGCAGCCGCCGCGGCCCCACCACGUGUCGGCGCUGUCCGUCAGCUCGGCCCUCAACAGCGCCUACGAGCGCAUCCGCGAGCGCCAGAGGAAGCUGCACGCGCUCCAGCAGGCCAUGGACGAUCCCCUCCACACCCACAGAAGGUACCACAGCGACUACAGCUCAUCCAGCGAAAGCCCCUCAGUGACGUCCUCGGAUCCUGACUACAGACAAGCCAAGAAACCAGAAGAUGGGAGAAGGAGCAACUCACAGGUGGCUCUGUCGGAGCAUGACGGCAUGUCUCUCAGCAGACAGAGGCUGCUGGACGCUGGUCAGGACGACGCUCUGGGCACUGAGCUGCUCAUCCAGCGGCAGGAGGAGCAGAUCCACCGGCUCCAGGCGCGCCUCUCCCACGCCAGCAUCCACCCGGCCGACGACACGCGCGUGCGCACCAGCUUCUACCCCUCCGACGACCUCCGCACCUCCAUGCUGGACCUGCGGGAGCCUCGCAGGAGCAGUCCCCUGGAGGGGGUAGCAGCGCCGCGCAAGCCCAAGACUUUCUUUGGGCCUGAAUUUGUGAAGAUGGCCAGUGAGCCGUGUGUUGUACUGAGCGUCCCCUCCUCCAUAAUGAAUAAGCGUGGGAAGGUGGAGGAGAGCCAGCGGAAGGUGGGGGUGGUGCUGCUGAGCGGCCAGCGUCUGGAGCUCAGCAGCGACGUGAAGGCGGUGUGCAAGGACGUGCUGGACAUGGUGGUGGCCCACGUGGGCCUGGUGGAGCACCACCUCUUCGGCCUGGCCAGCCUGAGAGACGACGAGUUCUUCUUUAUUGAGCCUGAUGCCAAACUGACCAAAGUGGCCCCCGAUGGCUGGAAGGAAGACCCCAAGAAGAAGAAAACGGAUGUCAACUUCAACCUGUUCCUGCGCAUCAAGUUCUUCUUAGAUGAUGUGAACCUCAUUCAACACAUGAUGACCAAACGGCAGUACUACUUGCAGCUGCGGAAAGACAUCUUGGAGGAAAGAAUGCGCUGUGACCUGGAGAGUGCCAUGCUCCUGGCGUCUCUCGCUCUGCAGGCAGAGUUUGGUGAUUACCAGCCAGAGCUCCACGGGAAGACAUAUUUCAGGAUGGAGCACUACCUGCCCGCCUCUGCUAUGGACAAGAUUGACCAGACGUCCAUCAAGGAGGACCUGUCCAAGCUACACAGCUCCUACUAUGGAGUCUGUGAGGAUGAGGCUGAAUUUGAGUUCCUGAAGGUGUGCCAACGACUGACUGAGUACGGUGUUCACUUCCACCGUGUGCUGCCAGAGAAGAGGUCCCAGACCGGCAUCAUGCUCGGGGUCUUCUCCAAAGGGGUGCUCAUCUUUGAGGUCCUGAAUGGAAACCGCACGCCUGUCCUGAGGUUCCCCUGGAGAGAAACAAAGAAAAUCUCUUUCAUUAAAAAGAAGAUCUCUCUCCAGAACACCUCAGAUGGGAUCAAGCACCUGUUCCAGACGGACAGUCAGAAGACCUGCCAGUAUCUGCUGAACCUGUGUUCAGCCCAGCACAAAUUCCACCUGCACACGAAAGCCAGACAGAGCAACCAGGAGACCAAAGACUUGGAGAACUUGAGUAGCCUGCAGUACCCCUCGGGUCCAGAGGGCAUGGGCAGGGCAGUGAGCGCGCUCAGCCUGGCCCCCAGCGGACGCUCGGAGAGCGACCACCUCAAGAGGAUGUCCUGCUCGGAGGCCGCCCUGAACAAGCACCACAUGGUCCGGCUCCCUGCCUCCGGCGACGUCUCGUACCCGGGCUACGUGCCCAACCCCAACCCCCGGCACCUGAGCCGCUCGCACCACAACCUGGGCCAGCUGCCCGAGUCGCCCGAGCACCGGGCGGCGCUCUCCUACGGCAGCCAGUCCCAGAGCGGCGCGGCGCGGCUCAGCACCCAGCUGCCCUCGCACCACCGCGCCUGCUCCGACACCGACUCCAUCACCGUCAGCCGACAGCAGGACGGUAGCAGUUUCGGCUCCCUGGUCCACAGCAACCCUCACUGGAGUCCCGAGAAGUUUAAGAAAGAGUCGGACUCCUCCUCGUGUGAGGAGACGGCCAACGCCUAUGUUGUAGGUGUGAGCAUGCACAGCUCAGGAGUGCCCUCCACCCCUGCCUCUCUCACAGUCAAUGACUCUCUGAAGAAGAAGCUGAAUGCCUUGCCUUCUCCUGAGAGGGAGAUUAUGACCGUAAAUCUCAAGAAGGAUGCAAAGUAUGGUCUGGGGUUCCAGAUUGUAGGGGGAGAGAGUUCAGGGCGGAUGGAUCUUGGGACUCUGAUCAGCUCCAUAACUCCUGGAGGUCCGGCUGACAUUAACGGCUGCCUGAAGCCUGGAGAUCGUCUGAUCUCGGUGAACGACGUCAAUCUGGAGGGACUUCCUCAUGAAGCUGCGGUGGACAUCCUUCAGAACGCCCCCGACGAUGUCACUCUGGUGGUGUCCCAGCCCAAAGAGAGGCUGUUUGAAGGCUCCCCUUCAAGCUUCCCUCGCUACAGCACCAAGCCCCCCGUGGCCUCACCUGUGCAGGUGGAUUUGGAGUCGUCGUCUGAGGAGAACGCAGGCUCCCCCAGUCCUCCCCCGAUGUCCGUGGCCAGCGCGUCCGUGUCCCCGCUGGGCCGCCGGCACGAGAGCCUGAACAGCUCCCAGAACUCCCGCACGGGCAGCCCCGCUCUCCCCCCGGCGCAGCUCAACGGCUUCCACCGCAGCCCCCCUCCAGAGGGCCCCCCGGCAGCUCAGCCCGCCCUGGACAGCACGCCGCCCGCCCUGCCGCCCAAGACCAGGAAAGCCCAGAAGGUGCUAGAGACGCCCAAAGAGGCCGAAUAUUCAGACAGAGGAGACUCGGAUAUGGAUGAGGAGACAUACCCUGGUAGCCCAGAGAAACUUAUACUUAAAAAGGAGCUAUCUCCCAGCUGCAACAUGGGAAAUUUAAGUGGUAAUGCCCCAGGGGUCAAUAGUCUCCAACCAGGAGAUCUAUUUGACGUUGAGCUGUCCAAAAUAGACAGCAGCCUGGGCAUUAGUGUGACGGUACUGUUUGGAAAGGGGGGCUCAAACACAACGGUGAAGCACGGGGGGAUCUACGUGAAGGCCAUCAUCCCUAAAGGAGCCGCUGAGCUGGACGGCAGAAUUAACAAAGGUGAUCGAGUCAUGGCUGUGAAUGGGAAAAGCCUGGAAGGAGCUACUCACCAGCAGGCUGUGGAAGCCCUUCGAGACACUGGACAAGUUGUCCACCUGCUGCUAGAGAAAGGUCACCCCCCGGCUGAUAGCAUCCACGCCCCACUCACCCCACAGAGCACUGCAGAGCCCCCCCCAGAGAAGCCCCGGGCAGCCCCUAAACCUCCCGCUGACUACCACUUUGUGACCGAUGAUAACGUGUUUGAGGUGGGCCUGGUGAAGAACUCCUCAGGCCUGGGCUUCAGCUUCAGUCGGGAGGAGAACGUUCCAGGGGAGGCGGCCCCGACGAGCAUGGUCCGAGUGAAGAAGCUGUUCCCUGGACAACCGGCUGCCGAGAGUGGCCAAAUUGAAGUGGGCGACGUCAUCUUGCGCGUCAAUCAGACUUCCCUCAAGGGCCUAUCACAACAUGAAGUGAUAUCAGCUCUCAGAGGAGCAGGGCAGGAAGUCACGCUGUUGCUUUGUAGACCAGACAAAGGAGUCUUACCAGAAAUGGACCCCUCUCUAGUGACCCCCAAGGUUUCCCCUCGUAAGGAGCUCCACGCUCAUCCGGAGCCCAGCGAGCCCAGAACGGUCUCCCCUGCUGAGGGGGACAGCCAGCGGAGCAUGGGGGCGGUGGAGGAGGCCCUGGAGAGGCUGCUGAUGAAGUCCCCCAGCCGGCGGGACAGCUACAGCGACAGCACGGAUGACGAGGAGGUGGAGGAGGCCUUCAGCCCCUCCCUGGAGCACAGCAGCCAGUCGUGGGACAGAAGUGUUUACCAGACCCCCGGCAACAACCCCCAGCUGGGGAGACUCAGCCAGUACGAGACCCCGGGUGAGCUGGACGACACCGUGCGAUCCACCUACUACUCUCCCAACCAGUCCAUCUGCAGGACAGAUCUCGACAGAAGGUCUCCAUCUUCGUCCCCUAUGACGGUGGAGCUGGACUCCACUCUGCAGCCCAUGCUGUCGUCAUCGGUCAGCCCCGACAGGGCGGGCCAGAGCCCCAGCCCAGACCCCCUGCCACCCCCUCUCGCCGUGCCCACCACCCUCAGCCUGCCCAACAGCCAGGACAUGGAGGAGUUUGUGCCGGAAGUUGAGCUGAAGGUCUCUCUUGUCAAGUCAGACAAAGGAAGUUUGGGAUUUACCCUCACCAAAGGAAAUGACCUUAGCUGUUACAUCCACGACAUCAUUCAGGACCCAGCCAAAGGCGACGGACGACUGCGCCCCGGAGAUCGCAUGAUAAUGGUCAACAACACAGACGUGUCCAGCAUGGGUCAUACCGAAGUGGUGAAUCUGGUCCGAGCUGCUCCGCGAGUAGUGGACUUGGUGGUUGGGAGAGUUCUGGAAGCCCCUAAACCGCCUUUUGAAGCUCACCUACUGCCUGACAUCACCUACCAGUGCCAGGAAGAUUCUCUAGGUGUGGUGUUGGAGGGGGGGAGUGACAGCCUGCUGGGACUGCUCUAUGUGAAGGAGGUGGUGCCUGGAUCGGUGGCCGCCGGCGAGGGCAGUCUGAAACCCCUGGACCUGAUCCACUUCAUCAACGGCGCCCCAACCCAGGACCUCACCCUCAGUGAGAAUCGCAGGUUGCUGGAGCUGUCACUCAGGAACCUCACACUGAAGGCCACCAGAGAUGGGAAACCAGUGAGUCCACAGCGAAAGAGUGUGUCGUAUCUGAACAAUAACCUGAGCUCUAAAGGAAACACACCACAUAGCAUGAAUGGUUAUCUCCAUGGCGAGCGCAACGAGUUGGAAGUCCUUUCCAGUAUCUGUCCGUCUGAGGAACAGCUCAUUCAGAUGCAGCUGGAAAAGCCCCCCACUGGUGGCCUUGGCUUCUCGGUCAUUGGUGGAGAGAGGGGCAUUUUUGUCAAGUCCAUCACACCUGGAGGAGUGGCUCACAGCUCAGGUGAGCUGCAAGUCGGAGACCGGCUGUUGAAGGUGAAUGAUGAUCUGAUGACAGGAGUGUCUCACUCCAAAGCAGUCACCACCAUCAGGAAAGCCAAAGGUGUGGUCCGUAUGAUUAUAUCCAGACCUCCUGACCAAACCCCUAGCACUUACCUGGGCUUCCUGCCUCUUAGCUCAGACAAGUGCAAUGGAAACACAGAUGUAAGUGAGGACAGUGGGGUGCGGACUAAAGUGCACAGCCCAGCAGAUGGUCAGAAGUCCAGCAGUGAAAAAGCCCCACCGGUCAUCCCACCCAUAGACUAUGAUGUGGGUUCAAAGGAAAACAGGACAGAGGGCAAUACGGAUCUGUCAGAGGACACAGACUGUGAUGGUUCCUCCCUGCCGGAAGACUCCCCUGAGACCUCAAGGAGAACAGACUGGAAAGAAGAGUGUGUAGAUAGCCCUGCCAAUGACCGAUCUGCCAUUCUCAGCUAUCUACAGACCAGUGAAGGACAGCUGGAGGAGGACGAGAUUACGUGGGGCAGCGAUGAGCUUCCUAUUGAGAAUAUAAACUCUAAGUUCACAGAGGAUGGGCCUAUUGUUACUGAAGAGGAGCUGACAUCGCUGCCUCUGGUAAAAGUCGUCCCUGAUGGUCAGUACACUGGACCCAAACUGAACACAGUGGUGCGCAUGAUGCGAGGUCUGUUGGAACAGAAGGUGCCCCUGCAGGAGUUUGAGAAUUUACAGAAUUUGCAGCCUCUUGAUGACUGUCUGAUUGGACAAACGCAAGAAAAUAAGAAGAAAAACCGUUACAAAAAUAUUGUUCCUUUUGACACCACUAGAGUGCUUCUUGGCAAAGAUGGUGGAUACAUCAAUGCCAACUUCAUAAAGAUGCCAGUGAAGGACGAAUGUUUUAUGUAUAUUGCCUGCCAAGGACCAUUACCCACCACUCUUGGGGACUUUUGGCAAAUGGUGUGGGAACAGAAAUCAAACGUCAUUGCAAUGAUGACCCAGGAAGUGGAAGGAGGAAAGGUCAAAUGCCAGAGAUACUGGCCUGAUACACCCAGAACAGCAGAAAUGGUAGAUGACAGACUCCAGAUCACACUAGUGAAGGACCAUCACCUGGACAACUUUGUUAUCCGAUUGAUUGAGGUUAAAGAUACUCAGACUAAUGAGGUGCAGCAGGUCACGCACUUAAACUACACUGGUUGGCCUGACCACGGAACACCCACCCAGCCGGAGCAGCUGCUCACCUUCAUCUCCUACAUGAGACACAUCCACCAAUCAGGCCCCAUCAUCACUCACUGCAGUGCAGGGAUCGGGAGAUCGGGGACUCUGAUCUGCAUAGACGUGGUUCUGGGGCUCAUCAGCAAAGAUGCCGAUUUUGAUAUUUCAGAUGUGGUUCGUACCAUGAGACUUCAGAGACAAGGAAUGGUUCAAACAGAGGAACAAUAUAUUUUCUGCUAUCAGGUGAUUUUAUAUGUGCUCAGAUGUCUUCAAGCAGAGGAGACUAUCUCAGGAUAGAAGACGAACUCUGACUGUGCUGGAGCUCUUUUUAUGAGACUGUUACAAUAAUUUGAGCAUUUUAAAGUUUCACUUAAAUAUGGAGACCAACCCUUGUCCACAGGGACUGAACAAAUGUUAGAACAAAUUCAUUGAUUAUCUUAUCAACAUUAUAAACUUCUGGAAACGUCAGAUAUUCUAGAAGAUUAUGUAUAUUUUUGGCUUCUGUUCUCUUUUUGGCUGCUACUACUUUUAAAGACAAUAAACCAUUGAUUUUUUAUGUUACCUUUUUUGGUAAAGAAACAGUGCUUUUUAUGGACACAUUACAGAAUGACCAUUGAGGUUAGCAAUGAAAUCCUAUUUUAUAUGGAACAAAAUUAUCCUUGUUCUUUUUAAAAGCUAAAUAAUGCUGGAAGUUGCCUCGACAGAAUACAACAGUAUUUGCUUUGUAAAUCUUAAUAUCAAUCACCUUGAAUUUCUGUGGUAAAUAAUCACAUUAAAGUGUACAUAUUUAUCUCCUGAAAUUGUUGAUAUGUUUUAAAAUGUUAUUACUGGACUAUUUGCAAUUUGUAAAUAAAAGAGUAUCAUGCCUUU